UGCCUUGUUGUGCAACACAAUGCAUGCUUUUCAUUUCUUAUGUUUGCCAGUUUGGCACCCCCCUGCUAAUCACCUCUCAACCGUACUGUUAUGACUUAUGUUUAAUGUAUGCUCGUAUUUUUCCUUCAAGGGUUAGUAACAGGUAAUACAACUGUCCCCAUCUUUUUCUAUAUUCUGAAAGUAUAAUAUUUAUUGGAGAAACAUGCAUUGCACGUAAACAGUUGCUAUGCUCACUAAAGAAUGGGAUGGUACUGGUCCCCAAUCCUAUGUGCUCACUAGCAUAUCAAAAUUUAGAGAUUGCAAUCCUAACAAGUUCUUGUGUUCCAAACAAGCAUUAAAUGUUGGUAGGGUGUUGCAACAAAAUAUACUAUAUCUUGCAAAUGAGUUCUAUUUCACAAAAAUUCAAUGACUGACAAAAGAAAAUGAUCAUGAUAAUUUUGUCUAAGCCCAGGUAGCCAGGUGAUAAUAAACUACAGUACCGAGAUAUGAUGGGUACUAAUCAUUACAUAGUUAGUAUGUGCUCCUUAUCUACUCCAUUUUUUCUCUAUUACAAACAUAGAUCAUGUAAAAUUCACUACUCGUGUUCUUUCUCUGUUUCGAGAAGUCCAAACAGCAUUCCAUGCCAUUAUCUUAUCGUUUCUAGUUCAGUGGAAACAACAAGGUGCAUAGACCUUUGUAGUUUCUUCCAAAGAACACAUGGAUUGGCAUGAGGCAUCUAUCCAAGAACACACACAGAAAACAAUGCGAGGUUUCGUCUAGUGAUGACAUAGGCAGAAACAACAUAGUUAAGUUGGAUUCCAAUGUUCCAAUGUCCUGCGUCCACAUCUAUAUGGCUCUUCAGUCUUCACGCCUGCACAUAUAUCAUCGCCUCACUUGUUGCACCAGCUCAGAAUAAGAUCUCAAAUGCUGUUCUACAUGCCAUCACUUCAGCUUAUCUGCACCAAGAAGCAGAGCUGAGUAGCUACAGAGAUUAGGCAGCAUGAAGAAGAAUACGUCUGCUUCUAACUAUCUGUGCCUCGCGCCAAUUUUCUCCUCCUGCAUCCCCUCCGGUAAGCAGCAGUCGGGCGAUGAUGCUGCCAAGAAUCGCCUCAGUUUUUCUUUCACGGACAACCGUGCUGGCAGAAAGGAUCCAUGGCAGCCGGAGGAGCACCUGUCCGACAGCAUCAUCGACCCAGCCGCCUCGAUCAUAACCAAGAAGGACGGUCGGCCCUGCACCAUCAUUGUGGGCACCAUCUUCGGGAGUCGCAGUGGCCGCGUCACCUUCUGCGUGCAACGCGAUGCCUCGGUGCCACCGCCGUUCCUCUUCGAACUUUCCGUGCCGAUGCAGUCCCUUGCUGCCGAAAUGGCAUCCGGCCUUCUCCGUAUCGCGCUCGAGUGCCAUCGCUCUAGCGGCAGAUCGGGUGCUGCGGGCGACAAGGCUACUGGUGGCAGAUCGAGGAACGUUUGGAAGGCGUCCUGCAAUGGGCAGGACGUGGGACAUGCAAUCCGCCGGCCUCCAACGGACUGGGAGCGGGGCGUGCUGGAGAGCAUGCGGACGAUGACGGCUGGUGUUGGGGCGCUUCCUCCUGUAGAGGCUCCAGAACAGAUCAAUGAGGGAGGACAGCAAGACUGCGGCGGCGCAGAAGUGCUGUAUAUGAGGGCGACUUAUCAGAGAAUCGUGGGCUCCAAGGACGCCGUCUCGUACCAUCUCAUCAGCCCCGGCACCGCUGGCGGUAGCCCGCCUCAGGAGCUCAGCCUCUUCUUGCUGCGAACCAGGGGUAAUUGAGAUUGAUGGGGUGUAGAUGCGUAGUGUCAUGCCUGGCGUGGAUGUGCUACAUCUACAUGUUACUACUAUAUGGCAUCGUGAUCACAGUUUGUCUGUUUUAUGGUUUGGUGGGUUUGAUCUGGCUUACAUCUCUUCCAUGUUAAUAUUAUCUACUGAUUUUACCCCCGAGUA